AAAUAUUAAAAAAAAAGGUAUUUACCACAGUAGAAGAAAGUGUCAUUAAAACCAACGAAGCAAUAACUUUUUCCCUAAUUAAUUCCCUAUAAAUGUUCUGUCUUUGCUAUUACCCUUUGCAUGGGUAUAAAUAUUGUUUUAAAUAACCAAGCUUUAAAGAAGGCCUUGAUUUUAAAAUCUAUCCUCGCUGUAUAGAGCUUGUUUGUCACCCGAUUAAUAUUUCCCCUCUGCCUCAAAUCCGCACAAUCAACUGAAAUGGAGGAGUACAGCAGGGAGCCGUGUCCCUUUCGCAUUAUCGAGGAUUGCGGUGGGGCCUUCGCCAUGGGCGCGCUGGGCGGAGGGGCCUUCCAGGCGAUCAAGGGCUUCCGCAACGCCCCCUCCGGCCUGAAGCAUCGUCUGAGCGGGGGACUAUCGGCGUUACGGGCUCGAUCUGGCCUAGUGGGUGGUAACUUCGCGGUGUGGGGCGCUACCUUCAGCACCAUCGACUGCACACUGGUCCACUACCGGAAGAAGGAGGACCCGUGGAACGCGAUAAUUAGUGGGGCGGCCACCGGAGGCAUUCUGGCUGCUCGAACAGGUCUAACCUCCAUGAUCAGCAGUGCCCUGGUGGGCGGGAUUCUUUUGGCCCUGAUCGAGGGCGUGGGCAUUGCGGUGGCCCAUUACUCGGCGGAUUCCUACCGCCAGGUGUCGCCCGUCGAGCGGCAGGAGCUCUACAGGCAGCAGCAGAAGGGCUUUUCUACCUUUGGCGCGGAAUUUGCUGAGGCAGAUCCGUCGUCAUUGUAG